GAUACUUACAUGGGCUAUAGUGGAUCGUGGUCUUGUUGCCGAACCUUCUGCCCUCGUCAUUAAAUCUAUGUCUGCUUUGCUGUGCAGCUGUAAACAUCGGACAGGUUUCAUUACCAACAGCCUCAGUCUGUGCCUGCAAUCGAAUGCACUCUCAUCCGAAUCAUUGCCUCACUACAGACGCAUGGUUUUCAUUGGAGUGGUGGGCGCAGUGACCUAUGGCCAAUCGACAGCGUGGAUAAGAUUCGGUACUCGCUUCACGACCUCCUGUCGGACUGUAUCCGUUGGGCUACCGAUGUCACAUUGAGCGGAAUUUCGAUUUCAAUCGAUUCACUAACCCGAUAUAGAUGCACUGGUGGGCUACCCGCCUGACCUUCAACUCAUACCGUAUUUAUCGACACAUACACGACUGCUUUCCAUUUCCGGCGAGGCGGAGCUGGCUAAACGUACCCCGAGGUUGUACGUUCAGGUCGUUUCAAAGGUACGAGAAGCAGGUGUGGGCAAUGACUUUGACACGGAUCAUCAUUGGGUUGAGACGCUUAUCAUAUGAUAGUGCCCGGAUGCUCUGUCGUCUUACCAUUUCACGCCAGGAUGGUAUCAAUGAUAGCAAGGAGGCAGGGGACAUGAUCGAAAAGGCGAAAACUAGGCUGGAUGAGAAUGGCAAGGAAAAACAGGACCCCUACACGCGACAGGCUCGUCUAGGUCGCACCCUCGCUGCCUACUUGAAAUCUGUCGCGACCUACCCUACACUUUCUGCGUAUCAUCAGCUCGCGAUCGCAUUUUCUUUACCUGGAAGUUCGCGAAAUGUGGACGAGGCGCGCGCAGCUGUUGAAGACGAUGCUGAUAAGAUUCGACAUUGGCAUCUUCUCAGUUUGUUACUUAGUGCUAACGGCGAGUAGGAGAAGGCGGCUGGUGUUUUGGAAGUGGGUGUAGACCUAGAUGAGCGCAAUCCAAGAAGCAAAAGUCAAAAACUCUGAAAAUCCUGCUUUUUGGGUACAGCUUGGGCUAUCCUACAUGGCACUAGAUCGUAAUAGAGAAAUCCUAGAAGCUUUCAAAAGCCCUGUCCAUAUAUCACUGCAUCUGUACACUUGUGUCGCAUCCACCUUUCCACGAAGUCUUCGACUGACGCAAUUGACUCGGAUAAGGUUGAUCUAGUCGCCGGGAUUCUCGGCCACGUCACACGAGGACCUGGCUGGGACGUUCCUGAGGCCUGGUACUACUUGACUAAGG